GAGCAAGGUGUGGGAUCGGCAGUGGGCGGGAUUACGUGGGAGUUGCCAGGCACCGAUGGAUAGGGGGCAGUGUGUGUGCUUUGGUGAGAGCUGUUCUAUAGUGAGGGCUGUGUGUCGGGUGGAGAGCACAUAGGCAGGCGCUGUGAGUGUUAGAGGAUGUGCAUACCACUUCUAUGGAGGAGUUCUGGGGAGCUGCUUGGCCCAUACGAUUUAAAAUGACACUUCUGCAGCUGAUAUUUGGUGACGACGACGACUAGGCUGUACAAGAUAGUCUUCUCCAUUGUACUUUUUUUUCUUAUGUUUAAAGUGCCCUGCUAAUUUUUGAAAUGCUGAGAAGAAAACUCCGCCAUUGCAAAGUGAAUUGCGUAAGCCUUUUCCUCUUUAUAGCUCUAACCGCUGUGACUCUUACGCUGUUUAAGAACCACAGCAAAGCUCUGGUUUUUAGCAAAAGAAACUUAGAGUUGGUAGAGGAAAACCAAAACCAUGUCAACUGCACCAAAAUCAUCAAGGGGGACAUUGAGGAAAUUCAGGCUGCCAAACUGGACCUGCUAAGAGUGGAUUACAAAAAAACUCACAGCUGGCUGACGGAAAAUGACUUCAUCAAUAUGACAAAAGACUGCAACUCAUUUACUAGAAAUCGUAAAUAUUUCCUGUAUCCCCUUAGCCAGGAGGAGAGUGAAUUUCCUAUAGCCUAUUCAAUAGUGGUUCACCAAAAAAUUGACAUGCUGGAAAGACUUUUACGUAGCAUUUAUAUGCCUCAGAACUACUACUGCAUCCACGUUGAUAAAAAGUCUUCGGAAUCCUUUUUGUCCGCGGUGAAGGCGAUCGCAUCUUGCUUUGAAAAUGUCUUUAUUGCAUCUGAGCUGGAGAAUGUAGUGUAUGCAUCUUGGACUCGGGUUCAAGCUGACCUUAACUGCAUGAAAGAUUUAUACAAAGCCAAUGCACAGUGGAAGUACUUAAUAAACCUGUGUGGCAUGGACUUCCCAAUAAAGACCAACGGGGAAAUGGUGCAAAUGUUAAAAGCGUUAAAAGGAGAGAACAGUCUAGAAACUGAAAAGAUGCCAGCGCACAAAGAAACCAGAUGGCGAAAACACUAUGACAUAGAAAGCGGGGUUAUUCAUAAAACGGAUAUUGACAAAGAACCUCCACCUUUUCAGAUUACAGUAUUUUCUGGCAGUGCCUACUUCAUUGUCAGUAGGGCAUUUGUUGGGCAUGUUUUGGAAAAUGAAAAAGCUAGAACGUUUUUAGAAUGGUCCAAGGAUACCUAUAGCCCGGAUGAAUUUUUGUGGGCUACCCUAAAUAGAAUUCCAGAAGUGCCUGGAUCAGUCCCUGCAAAUAUUAAAUAUGAUAUAUCUGACAUGAAUUCCAUAGCCAGGUUUGUGACAUGGGAAUACUUGGAAGGAGAUGUCAGCAAGGGUGCCCCAUAUCCUCCAUGCAGCGGGACCCAUGUCCGCUCAGUUUGUGUCUUCGGUGCGGGGGACUUACAGUUCAUGUUGAAGCAGCACCACUUGUUUGCUAACAAAUUUGAUGUAAAUAUGGACCCCGUUGCUAUUCAGUGCCUGGAAGAACAUUUAAGACACAAAGCUAUAUAUCCAGAUAGAGACACUUGAGCUGUAUAAAUGGCCAUUGGUAUACAUAGUGCACAUUCUUUGAUGUGAUAAAUCAACCUUGCACAUUGUAAGUAGCACUAGAUUGUAACAGAAAUGUACACAUUUAGCCUAUGCACUGUUCCACAGCUGGAAAGAUGAAUACCAUUUUUAUUUUAACUCCGUAGGAGUUGCAGUGCAAUAAAAUCCCAGCUGCGUUUUCCUAUCCUCAUGUCAGAUUGAGGCGUUAUUUAUAAUUGUGACUGUUUAAAUUAUGUUGACAGGGUUGGGUAACAUAACAACCAAAGAAAAUCUCAACAUCCUGCCACGUUUUUGUGUAAAAUAUUUAUAUGGCGCACCUGUUACUCGUCCGAGACUUUCCCUAAAAAGUGGACUUUUUUUAUGUCUUACAUGCAGUGUGUCUGAUCUACUAAUGUGUUCCAUUUCGGGGCCAAUGUUGGGUAGAAUUGCCAAAACUUAGCUGCCUGUCAUACCAUGCAUUCUUGGAGGAAUUGAUUUGUUAUGGACAUCCCAGUCAUUUCCUGAAACAUUUCUCAACAGUCAUACAAACUGGAGACGGUGUCUUUUUUUUCUUUUUUU